CAAACCAGUUGGAACACCAUCAGCCUGCACAUCAGUUACAGCAGUGCACGCGACCAGUCUGGAUGUUUGCAGGAGUUCUGGAACAACUUGCUCCACAAGCUGCAUCGUAGCAAAAUCGAAAUCGAAACCGGAACAACCGGACCCGCAUUCACCCUAGUUGAGCACCACUGGUGUCAAGUACAACUGUUCGGUGCAGAAUUGGGUGAGAACCCGACGUGUUGGGAAGUGAACAAACGAUGCCACCAACAAGUGUGACCAAGGGCUUUUAAUGGGACGCGUCCUCGAUCGUUCGAUCGGUGCGGACAAGUGGCAGCACCAUCCAUCGGUCCGGGCGGGACACCACAAGCAACAGACGCGCGUUGUCCCGCGUGGCUGAUAUCAUGACCGACGCGACCAGUCACCAAUCUGAACGGUUGCAUUGUUGUACGAUAAGUGGCGAUUACACGUAGUUUCGUUCAAACGGCACUCGAAAUCGGAGGACGUCGUCCGGGUGUCCAUAAGUGUCACCUCGUCGAGUGGCUGUGUGCUCGCCAGCCAGGAAUCGUGAAUCGUGUGUGCGUGCGUGUUUAGUGUGCUACUCGGCUAGAGGCUCUCUGCAGACCUGAGGCCUAGGUGCGUGUGCCAGAUAUUGUGUACUACCGUAACGGGCAGGCUUUUGCUGGUUGGGUGUAAAUUUUGUUCGUGUGUGUUUGUACGUAGGGGGGGGAGUAUUGAGCUUGUGUUUACCGUGAUUGUGUGUGUGUGUAUGCGUGUACGUUGAGGCGUAUGAGAGCGGGAAAAUAAACAUGAAACGUCUAAGUCGUCCCCGGGCAUUGGUAUGUCAUCUGCUGCUGGCGAUCAACAUUCUGACCGUAUGCUGCAGCACUGAUGUCACCGUUCCUGCAGACGGUUCUAUGCCCUCCGUAGCAACGAGCACAACGGAAGCUAAACCCAAUUCCAAGGAUCAGCAACAGGCGAAACAUCGACAUCGGCGGCAGAACGGUGUCGGGGAUGGAUACGCCAUCGGGGAGGAAUCGUCCUUGGGCGGUCCUGCAGGGGGUCCCGGUGACGAUGGUGGGGAAGAAAAUUUCAUCGCACUAGCACCAGAUGAAGCGGAUAUUUAUAACUUCUCCAACAUCAUGAGCAUGACGAUGGCGAACGGGCCGGGCAGUGCCGGCGGAACGAGCAAUGUAAAUGAGGCAAAUCCAUUUAAUGAAUUUCGCAAUACACCACGCCAACGCGACCGUGCCCCGGCACAGGACACGCCCGGUGACAUUGAGCAGCUGGCGUCGGUGGCAAAGGGUGAAAAGGAGCUGCCCGAACUGACGCUAGACGACGACAACGACGACGAAGCCCCGGAAGCGAAUGGGUAUGGUGGAACGCUAGGAGGACGUAUCGGCCCGCUGCGAGGACGCUUGGAUGCGGAACCGAACGGGGAGGACGAGGACGGUGGAAAUGGUGGUGAGGUCGAUACGGAAUCGGAAGAUGAUAAUGCGAUCGAGAGGAGUCGCUAUCUGACGAAGGACAUGGCGACCGACGACGGGCACGAUGGCCGCACUUCCCGGACCGAAUCCGAUGCAGCACUGCUGAGCAACAGUAUCGACUUUUUGAACUCGAUCGAUGGUGCGUACCUGCUGGCGAACGGUGGUGGACCGGUCGGGGCGAAUGGCGAGAAAAGCGGUGAUCUUGCACGGAAAAUACUGGACGAUAAUGACAAUAAUAUCUCAACACGGAAACCAACGCAACCAAGCGCAGCGAUUGCCACCGGUCAGGACGAAGGUGAAAACGAACUGUUCGAGCAGAUGGAAAAGAAGGCCAAAUCGUACCGCUUGAAGCUGUACAAGAAGCACAAGAACUUCAAGCACACGCACCACCACCGCGGUGGACUGUACCAUCAACCGUACCAUAACUUUCACCACGACUACUAUCGCCGCAAGAUGCUGGAACGGGAGCGUGAGCGCUGGAAGAAGAUGCAGGACCUAAAGCCCGACUAUCAGGGCCAGAUCAAUUACUACGAAAACUCCAACAAGCUCGAAACGAACGACGACAUUAUGGCACAUCUGAACGGGCACAGCAGUCAGGAGAAGUGGCCCAACUUCGACAAGGUGAUGACCUCGCUCAAGACGGAAAGCAAACCGGACAACAUCCCACCGUACAUCAAGAAGUACAACCGGCGCAACAAGCAGCUGAUCGAUCUGCUUGAGGGUACGAUCGCGCCCCUGUCCGACUACAGUGCGCACAAGCACCGGGAGCGCAAGUACCAUCGCAGGAAAAAUCCUCACUGGAUGGAGGAGGACCUGUUUGAGGAGCAGCGUCCGAACCAGGCGAAGGCCCAGGGCCUGCAGCGCAACUACAUCCAGGAAACGAUCCAAUCCUCGACGAUACACUCGAACGCACUGCCCGGCGAGGGCAUCCACAUCAUCUACGACAAGAAGCACGCGGCCGACCACGACGAUUUUGACGACGGUGGUGGAGGUGGUGGCGCUGGUCCGCAUCUCCUGUACGGUCGGCCAACCAUUUCCAGCGGAGGACAUCCGGGCGAUGGACACCAUCCGAACUACAAGCUGUCGUCCCGGGCCGGCCAGUUCGUGUAUCAUCGGGUCGCGUCUCCCCAGCCGGUCGGUGGGCCCGGGUACGGUCGGUUGAAGCGCCAGCGUUUGCCGUUUGUGGCGAUUACGGAUCGGCGACUCAGUGCACCACCGAAGCGUCGGCCGGCGAGUAAUGGUGGCACUAACCAUGUCAACAACAAUCUACUGAAUCACCAGCCGAUGCCUUAAGAAUCGAGAACUAAAAACUCUGUCUACCCUUCACCUAGUCUGCUUACUCUGUGGCCCUUCUUUGCAUGAUGGGUUUUCUUUUGGUUAGCGCUUCUUCCUUAACUAUGCAAAGUCGACAUAGUCGACAUAGUUGACAGAUUAGUGUUUUCAUAACACUUGGCACUAUAUUCAAUCUUCGUUUUCAAUCUCACUGUCUUUCUGGCUUCCUCGCUCUCUUUCUCUAUCUCUCUCUCUCUCUAUUCGACUCUUGGUUCUUGCUGGCAGCAAUAUCGCUGACAGGACGCAGGUGGUGCGUCCUCACGCUUGAUGGCACCCGGAGUUCCGUUUUUCGCCAAAGACUAGGGCUGACGAUGAGUUGCUAUCGAUCGAGUGUGAUCGCGCUGGGUUCAGGGCUGGGCAUCGCACACACUGCACCACGACAGGGGCAACCAUAAGGGUCCACUCGACAACGAGAAACGGACGGUCAAGGUUGGCAAACACACAUAACGCGUGUGUGCAUGUGUGGCAGACAAUUAUGUAAAACCAACAAAAAAAAAAAAACAAAGCAAAACAGAAGAAGAAAAAGCAAAGCAUUGUGAACACAAGCAGAAGACGAAGACAAUAUAUAUUUACCGAAGUGCAGGAGACGGAUGAUUACGAAUAUGCUCACAGAGGGAAUGUUGGGGCUGGGGAAAAACAAAAACAAAACAAAAACAAAUGAAGAGGAAAAAACGCAAAACAAAAAACAACCAGAUGUGGAAAAAGGAUUAUAAAACAAGAAAAAAAAAACAUAAAAACCACACAUUUCAAAACAAAAAGCAACCGACAAAAAAAUCAAUACAAAAUGUUAAAUACGCACUUAUGCAAUUACUAAACCCCAAAACUAAUCUACAAAUUUUUGGGACAUGGAGGGGUGAAGCAGAACUCGUUACCAAGUAAGACAAAAUGACAAAUUAAUUACAAAAAAACACACACACACAACCGUAUGGCAGUGCACCGUUUGGCUUAUCCGAUUUCGUCGACAUCGGCGGUGAUGUUUCCUUGAGCGCGAUGGGUUACCAGAGCAUCGAUGGCUGUAUUAAGCGGCUAAAAAUUAUCAACAUCUCUUAACCACUAACCAACCAACCAAUUACAAACAAGCUAAUAACAUAUCAAGCCGAUGGCGAACGUAACAGCUUCAAUUUCACUUGGCCAUGAUGCUGUAUGUCGGGCAGACGGCCAUUGAUGGGCAGACUUUUCUUCUGGGGAAAGCAUUUUUAGCGAUGCUUUUUGCUAGAGGACGAUGCUAGCGAUGCUGCUUUCUUCACCAUCCCCACACACACUCACACACCAGCUCACUCGCCCACUCAUCGACACGGUUGUCGACCGAGAGAAGCCUCGGUAAGCUUGAAUUUUAGCCCUCCCGCCCGAACGCAUGUUCGCCUGGCACCAAACACCCAGCACGGUAGUCUUAAAAAACUUUAAUGCACAAACGAAGCAAGAAAGAGAAAAAAACAAACAAAAUCAUGACAAUAAUAAACAUUUUAAAACACGUUUUUUAAUAGCGAAGACACCUUGUAGUGAAAAGACCGUAAGUCCUGGCGCUGUGGUUAAUGGAAAAGAAUCCACGGGAACGACCCAAAAAAGGCAGUGGAGUUUAGUAUCCUUUGUUAGUGUUUUUUUUUUGGGCUAAAAAUUAAUUCCCCAUGCAAUUCCUGCUUUGCUUUUUGCUUUCUGCAACGAUCAUAAGAACGAUCGCUGACCUGCCCAAUAAAGCAGCUUGGGACACCGCAGUUUCCGAUGCGCAACAGUGAAAUGUUAACGUAAGUUUUCUAUGAAAACACAUAAGCAAUAGAAAAUGACAAUAUCUUAUAUGGCGGAAGGCCACGGGAAGGGGAAGGGCGUGAUGCUGCCACCGACGUACGAAAGAAGCAGAAGAAAACCCCGGCGCAAUCGGAUAUGUUCCCAGCAUGAUUUGCUUUAUUUUCCCAUCCGAUUCUGCUUGAUGUGAUUGUCGUCGAAGUAGAGAAAUUCAUUGACUCCUUUUUUUUUUGCUUUGUUUUAUGGUUACUUAUUGUAAAACGAGCACCAGCAGUAUAGAGUGGCACGGUCUUUAGGAAAAAGAAUGGAACAAAUGGUUUUUCGGACACAAAUAGGACAAGGACAAAAUUCAAGCCGACAACCGUAAACAUUGCUCGAUGUCGGACACCCCCGAACGGAUACCAUCGAUCGCCAUCCCGGUCACUGCGCGCAUUGAGUGUUGCUAUAAAGCGGAUGGAAGAAGUAUAUGAGCAUAAUCUAAAACAAAACACUACGAGCCUAAGAGCACUUGUUGAGCAAAACAAACGAGAAAUCCCCAGCAAACGCGAGAAGACAAAACGCUAAGCAACUGUUUAAAAUACACCGAGCACACGCAUCACACGCACACAACAUAAAACUACAACAAGUAAACAGCGCGGUAAGCUUCACAGUUAACCACAAAACAAGCAAACAAAGAAAACAAAAUGGCGGCCGAGAAGAACAUCCACCCGGAACCGGUAGGAGGGAAAAGUAAUACAAGAAACAAGUUAUAGUCAAUUUUCUAACGGUAACGAAGAAGGAUCGAAGAUCGUGGUAAGUUAAAAGAGCAUAGAGAACACAAGAAGAAGAAGAAGAAGAAGAAGAAGAAGAAGAAGAAGAAGAAGUAGAAAAAGAAGCUGUGAGAAACCACUAUCAGCUUGGUGUCGGGACUGUGUACAGUGCAAGAGACAGAACAAUCCGACCGAUAAAGGAAGGAAAAAACAGAAUAAAAACAGUGGGAAAGCUACUCACUACUAAGGGAAAGCAAAAAGCGCCAUCUGUUGGCCAGCAAGCAAAAGUAACUAGACUUUAAGAAAAACUUUCCAGUUCCCCCCCCCCCCCUCCAAAAGGUACGUGUACGUGUGUGUGUAUGUAUAAAAAAGAAUACUAUUGACGUACAGAAUAAAUCCCAAAGUCCCCAAAUCAGCAUACACUGACAGCCUAGGGCUAAGGUAGGGCUAACAGCUGUCAGUUAGUUAAGGGCAAGUAAGAUCGUUUCGUUUGGUUUGUGCAGUUUUUGAGUCCGCAAAGGACUCGGCCGCAUGCAUGGCGCACUGUAUAGUUUAGCAGGCUCAAAACUGUGCGCACCCGGACACUAGUCGGCUUACAGUAUUAGGCUAGGUUUAUGCACAUACAGCUGUACACUCACGCAUACACCCGCAAAUACUCACACACACACACACGGAGGGGCGUCCUUUCUCAAGCUCGCACGUACGUACGUACCUUUGCAGUGCCCUGGAGAAAGGUAAGACAUUUUUUACACUUUUACUCCUACCUUUCCCCGGGCAUGGUUUCGUACGGUGCAAAUCACAAACGACACGCACACUGAUGCAGAUGGAAGUCGUUAUCAGGCUAACAGGCUACAGCGUCAUCGCAACUUAAGAGGAUGCAGAGGACAUCAUGCCGACGCGUUUCGUUUUCCUUCAAACCAACUUAUAUGGUUUCUCUCCGACCAUCACAUCGGCAGCUAGAUAGAACCGGGUGUCAGACUAGGCGCCCCAGCACGGGUUUGCACGCGUUCUAUCCGAAACUAUUCGUAGACUUGUUGUAUUGUUUAUGCUCCGCAAAUACAAGUAAAAAAAAACAAAGAAGAAAAGAAAUGGCUCCCCCCUCCCUAUCUAUGCUUUAAUAGGUGACGUUUAAAAUGGAUCUUUCCGAAGAGGGAAUGAAAAGAUAGACACACAUACACGCACACGUAAACACACAACAAUACACAAACUGGUCCACGUAAGGGAGUGGCUAAAGAAAGGAUGAUCUCUUAAACAUAAGAUCAAGAUCUUGCGACGCUAUACUGACACAGAGAGUUGAUAUAACUCCCCUAUAAUAACUCUAGUUUCGAGGUUUUUAAAUUACCUGCUGGAUAAUUUUCGGACUUUAAUUGCUUUCGAGAUAUUCCUAGUGUGUUUGCUCAGUGAUCAAAAUGUCAAAUAAAAUCGGACAUUCUCAUUAGUUUGCAGAGAAACCUCUUAAUUGAGAAUAUUCAACAAAGACAGCUUCAUAAUAUGUUCAAAGUAAGGCAAGCAAUUCUUACCAAUUCAAGCAAAACGCCCAGCUCUUCCUACGCACAAAACCUAAUUCCUGCAAGCGUCGUACGGUUUUGACAAAUUACCAGCAAAUGUGAAAAUAUCAUCCAGCACCUAGUUUUCACCACAAUAAAGAUCAUUUACAAAACAGAAAUAAUAAAGAACAAUUUCCCAAUAAGGACACACAUACACACAUACAAACACCGGACAAAAAAAAAUCUAAGAGAACAACAAAUGGCAAAGGAACAAUAAGAUAGAAAUAAAGGAGUAUGGAAAAACUUGCUUUCAAG